AUGGCGGCACGAGUCUUGAUAACCUUCAUGACUCUAGGUACUCUAGAACCGCUGAGAUGUUCUCGAUGGGAUAUCGAGGCUUGCGGUCUUGGAAUGUUUACCUACUGUUGUGUGUUUUGCGACGAAGGUCCAGGUCCAUGGGCAUCUGUAGAAAUGGGAGCCGUGGGUCUCUGUGUGAUGGGAGCAUUGGUCGAAUGUCUGCUUUGGAUCAAGGUCGGCCACUUUGUUUGUUGGCCUGCGUUGUGGUUGACAAGCGACAACAUCAGCGUAUCCGACAUGCUCAUCCGUAUUUCAGCACUUUCACCACUGAUUGACAUCGUUGAGACUUACACGCGGUACUCCCACAAGCUAUUCGUCGCGACGACCUAUCUUAUUUUCCCCUACAUCAUGGGUAUUCUAUUGCAGGCACUUUCAGAUGCAGGAAAACACGGUACCUGGAACGAUACAGAGGGAUUCGGUCAGGGAGCACGUUCAGUAAAGAACGGGACAGGUCUUGGUUAG